AUGGACAAUAUUCAGGACAAUGAUCUGCCAAGACCCGCGAGAAUACCGAGUACACCGCCCCCCGUCGCCACCAAGAGGGCUUCGGUAUCACUACGACAGCAGCCGCGCGCAGUUUCCGCAAGAGCACCAAAGUCUCGUCCUUUGGGUGGAAUACUGCAGAUUCGCGCGGAAGAACCGGAACUAGAGCAGGAUCAGGUUCAGAGUCAAAUGAAUGGGCAGGCACAAGAGGAGAAAGAGAAGGAGGUUGCUCCUAUCUCGUCACCGGCAGGUCCCGCGACGCUGUUAAGGCAAAAAGACCGCUCGGAAUCGAUAAAAGCUGCGAGACCACGGCCUUUUGGGGGGAAGCUAAAGAUUGACGUUGACGCGGCAGAGAUGGCAGCGCCUCCGAUCAUUGGCUCGCCGCUGAGCUAUUACUCGUCCAAGAGGCUGCCAUCUAACACUCACGAGGAUCAUCCAGUGUCGAUGUUUACAGCUGCCGAGAGUAGUACUGGAAGUGGAAUGCUAUCUACUACGUCGCCAUUCUUGGAGUACGGAAUGAUUGUGAGCCUUGUGUGUGACGAUAGAGGAGGGUUUGUGGCAGCGGAAGGGUUCGCUUCACGUGAUGUGAGAUUGGAGAAGCUGAAUUACGGAACGAUCCAACUUCGACACAUGAAGACUGGCAAGUACGUGUCGUUAGAUCCUUCACCAAUUCCUUUUCGCGGGUCGGAAUACGCUCCGAUGCCGGAGGGCCCAGCUCACAUUUCAACGUACUGCCGCGAUUUAAGCUUCGAUCUAAAGGAGCCCCUGUUCAACUCACAGACCAACGACGAAAGUGCUCAAGAGGAUGUGCAACCACGCGACAAUCAUCCCAGAUAUGCGCCCAGGCCUUUGCCCAAGACCAACCGCAGCUUUUCCGCUUCGUUCCCACUGCUAUUGCAGACGAAGACUGACGACGAUUCUGGAGAUCAGCUUCGAUCUCGUCAGAAUCUUUUUCGGACCUACCAGUACAUUGAGCUGCUGGUUGGAAUGAUCAAGUCUCCGUUCCAGUGCUAUGGCGGACCAUUUUCGAUUGAGGAAUUGUGUUCCUUUAACGACGAGUACAUGAAUUCGAGAGAUACAGGCGAUGACAACGAUGAACUCGAAAUGAAAGGGUCGCCUGUUCGACUACGAACGGACUCGUCCACCGCUUUUCGGAUUAGUGGUGUAUCUCCAACUAGCAGGGAUUUGAUUUCUCCGAGACGUUCCAUAUCGACUCAAGACCAUUCCUGGAGACGUAAAAGCUCUGUUAGUGUGUCAGCAUCUCGGCUAGAAAUACACAUAGCAGCGAUGCAGAGUCUGAAUCGCAUUAUCCCCGCGAUAAACGUUUUGCUGCUUCAUAUUUCGUGGGCGAACCGUACGAACGAGCUCUACGUGGUCAAAGUUGCCAUGCCUGUGCUGAUGGAAUUACUUGGGAAUGGGUUCCAGACGUCGCUACCGCUGUCGUACCUGCUUCGUGAAAAUCGAAAUCUGGUGGAAUCAAUAACUGGCUGUGCGAGCAUUACGAGGAAUUUCUUCGAACUGAUUGUCACUCGAGGUAAAUCGAUCCGGUAUAUGCAGUUUCUCGUUGCUUUGUGCACAUCGAGAGGCAAAGGCGUUCCGAAAACUCAGGAGGCGAUUUGUGAACUUCUUUUCAACCCAGCGAAUGGAUACCGAGACGAUGUUAUCAUUCCUAUUCGACCGUCUAGAAGUGGAUUUGACAUCUAUUUCUGCUUUUCCUACCUUGAUUGCUUACAAGGAGCCAUUGUGAUCGACGAGAUUCCUGAGAAUGAGUUGACUCUGGCUAUUCUGCGUGUGUCCCGCACACUAGCUGAAUUUGGGAUGUACUCUUCCGAGGACGAGCUCUCUCGUGUUGUGAUCCUGCUAUUUGAUCUCCUGGAUGAACGAACAGAUUAUGCGCACCAGCUUCCAGAAAUGGACAACGUGCACAACCCAGAUAUCAAGAAUGUGAAAGGGUACAACUCACCAACAGCUCUGCUUUUUCCGCCUGCACUUCAUCUGCGGCAAAAGUCGACAGCUAGUAAUGCCCAAUUGACUCAACAACGAAAAAUGUCCAUGGCCAGCGCUCGCCGACCGGGUUGGGGGACUGCGUCGCAGCCGUCGCCGCAUUUGAAAAACGCAGUGCUGUUCGAUGGAGCAGGAGCCAUGUCCAGUAUUCGCGUCACCCGAGAGCGAGAUGCUUCGAAGCAAUACAAAGUUGCUGAAAGAAACGUUUCACGACCUUCAAGUGGUAUCAACAGCAUGGCCGGGGCUAAUACUGAAAGCAGUCCUCAUCGCCAUCUGAACAAGUUACUGCACAAGACAGGCGUGCACACUACCGACGGUGUUAAGGUCUACGAGAUGAAUGAAGUGAACCGCGUGGUGAUGGAGAUUAAGGACGAAAUUUGCGCGAUUCUUCUUCUGGUUGACCAGCUUCGGGUCGAUUUUCUCAUCUCGACCUUGCUGGCUUCUUUUCAAGCUCGGCAUGGCGGGCCUCCUUCAAGCUCGCCCACGCGUCUUCGUGAUCUAGAUGCUAUACACACUGCUCUUUUCGAUGACGCCAUAGUGCGAGAAACUGUAUCGAACGCGUUUACCGGGCACUCUCGUGGAUUGGAUAUCCUACCUCACGGACACAACCAUGGUGAUAAAAUGUCGCCGCUUGCAGUCUAUCUUUUCGGCUCGAAGUCUUUGGAGUGUAAGCUGUCGCUAACGAGAUUGGGCAGAAGAGCAGUGACGACAAUUUUCAUGCAAAUGCUCAUGUACGAGUAUCCUCCGCUGGUGUCCAAGGCCUUGGAGCUGUUGCUGCAGCAGUAUAAUCAGCACGAUCAGUUCUUGAAGGAGAUGCAGAAUGUGCAGUUACUGGUAUCUGAAGAGACAAUCUCGAUCUACAGCAAGUUGAAGGGGGACGUCGACGAGCUACGGCGGUUGGCUGAAACCACCGAAGUGUGGAUGGAUCUGACAUCUCGAUCCGACUUCGAGAAAGCGUUCUCGGUUUGCCAACUCCUGCAGUCAUUACUCCGAGUUAUUGAGCAUACCAAACCAGAUAGUCGAGUUGCGGAUGUGGAGCCAAGGUCAGGUGCGCCACGUCGCCAACUCCGAAUACAAUCCCCGGGAAAGCCAAUGAGUGACGACGAAUCUAGCGACGACAAUGCUAAUUCUGCUGCGGAUCUUCUUUCCACAAAUUCGAAGUGCACCCCAACGCAGGUGCUGCUACCGGAGGGCCUUAUGCGCGAGCCUGUACGUGAUCUCACCAUCGAGAAGCAGCCUCCAAACCGGAAGUUGAACUACCCAACAGAUCGAUAUGCGCUCAAUCCAUAUAUUGGCCAUGUGAGUCAGUUUUCGUGCAGCCACGACCUUCUCCCUCCCUUUUGGAAAGCUAGUUCGAUUGGUAAAGGUGAUGGCUCGAUAACAACAAAAGGUGCCAAGGAUGGCCGUACGAUCGCGAUGGAAGCUCGACGGCUAUUGCGCAAUUUGAGAGCUGCUCAAUUUGUGCUCAGCAUGCUGAUUGAUGGAGCACACUUUUACGAAGGACAUUUCUCCGAAGACAGUGAUAGUCAACAGCAUGCGCCAGGGUCCCCCACCACCCGGUCCAAAACGAAGCUUCAAAAGCGACAGCGAGAUAAAAUUCGAGGCGUGUUUGGGCAAGCUAUGCAGUUCUUGCGCGCCUUUUGCACGGAUGACGCUGAGAAUCAGGCGUUGGUUGCUCCACAUGCCACCAUGAUUGCAGAAUACGUUCGUGAGCUUCCAAUUGCUCAGGAACUCUUGGUGGCGAUUUAUGCAGACAACUUUCCUCUAUACAAAUCGGUUCCCACGGAGUUGAUCAACACUUUCGUGGGCCGCUUGAUUCGCGACGGUCCGGAUCCUCGCUACCUUUUCUUUCUGGAGACGCUUGUGCUCUGUGACGAGCAACCCAUUGUCGAGAACCAGCUACUCGUGCUUUUCCAGCUGGUUAAGAGCUUUGAAAACGCGAAAGUCCUGCAAAUGUUUGAUGAUGCUACACAGACCGUUGAGCUGCUUGGCGGACUACUUAGUAGGCAUACUAAUCUACUAGAAAGAAUGGCGUACACGAACAAAAAUAUUCAGCUACGGGGAGCGAAUACGGUGAAUGGAUUACGUGUGCCUGGAGCAACCCAACCCGAUAAUGUGGCAGAUUCUGGUAAGAUGCUCGAGUAUCACGUUCGACUUUUGAACCUUUUUGCUGCCUGUGCCUCCGGUAAAAACACCAGAGUGCAGGAAAUAUGCCAGCAGAUCCUACCGCUGCUGCCCGAGGAUGUCGUCAGCAAUAUUGAGGAGUUCAUCUACGUGAUCGACAAGUCCGUUCGUCCAAUCAUGAUACAAUACCAAGCUCCACUCCAGACUUCACUAGAGCAAGCGUGGUCGGUGUCUCUGAAGUACCGAGAACGGCUAGACUGCGCAUCGCUGAACUGCGAGCUAGACCUGCCCGACAUUCUGCUGUGGGCGUUAGAAAAGCGUGAUCAAGAGACUAAGUCAGACACGUUCACCGACGAGUCAAGGCCAUCCAGUUUACCCGAGGCCUCUUCGAGUGACACGAAAGACAUCAGUCCUCUGGGCCAAGCCGUUCGCGAAGGGAAUUCCAAUGUGAACGGUCCAAACAGCGCUGAUGCCCGAGGCAGGGCACUUGCUAGCUUCAAGUUGGACAGUCUCAGCACGAGUAAGCCGGUCGCUUGGGGAGAUUCCGGGUCUAAACAACCGAAUCAAGAAAACAGAGAGGCCUCACCAACGUACAAGGCUGACUACACGUCGGAGGCUGUCGAUGUAAUAAAUCGAGGAAGACUUCUCCACCGACUGUCCCCGAGACGUUACUACAAAGGAUUGCGAGACAAACGCGCAUCACCGUAUUUGAGUCCGAAGAAGGAGUCUCCUGUGACGCCUUUCUCGUUUCCGGCUGAACGUCGAGUAUCGGACGCAUUUAUCGCGCCGAGUAGCGUCUACCAGUCGGAAUCCACGACGUAUCUAACUCGUCAGCAGCAGCAAUUUAGCGAGCUCGACCAGCUUCUCUCAUGGCUGCAAGCCCAUCCCCGAGUUCACGGUGCAGUGAGAGAUGAGCUGAAUCAGAUGGUGCAAGGGAUUUUGGGUAUCGAGACGUCGAUGAAAGAGGAAUUCAAUCCUCACGUUCACGUUAGAAACGUGAUGUUGUCAUUUGAUCUGGUGGUAGCGAAGCUCGUUGAGCAUGUGGAGGCUCUACAAGACUUAAGUUAUCUCAAGACCAAUCUGACGCUGCUGAAUGUUUUUUGCCGGAUGAUCUACGCCGUCGAAGAUGCUGAAGAACGCCACAAUAUGCAAGUGAAGCUGAAUCAACUGGGCGUGACUCGAUUGGUAGUGCAACUGAUCUCAUCACGAGACAAUGACGCAUUGUUUGCGAGUAGUAUCGAAGUGGGUGUCGCUCUGUUGGAUGGAAUGAAUGCAGAAGUGCAGGAGAGCUUCUACAGCUACUGGAGUGAACCAGCUAAUGAACAAUUUUUCGGUCGGAUCCAAGGUCGGAUCGAAAAAGCUUGCAAACUGAUUCACAGCGUUGAUCGGACUAGCGUCGGCGCUUUCGAUGGAUUAGAUUGCGCUGGAAAUGCGGGGGACAAGAGAGCGCACAGACGCCAAUCGAUAUUUGGUCUCAAUCUGGAUAACCUUUCGGGAGACAAGGCUAGUGCAGGGGACAGAGGCGGGGUCAAACGGCUGGGUGAGCCUAUCGCCUCCAUUUUCCGCUUCCUGCAGCUUCUUUGCGAAGGACAUUACCUCAAUGCUCAGCGUGCUCUCAUCGCACAACCAAACGCUGCUGUAUCAGCAAACUUGGUAGAAUCCACGACCUCUUUUCUUCUGGAUACCUACUUGGCGCUCACAGAUUUGGACAUGAGUCUUAUCACCCAAUUGUUUGAAACGAUUACUGAGUAUUGCCAGGGCCCUUGCGUGGCAGCCCAGGAGACUGUAGCCAACUACAAGCUUAUCAGUGCUGUUAAUGCCCUUUUGACUCACACGUUUGAGCAACGCGACACACGAGCUCAAGAUGCAGUGCACAAGUUGCGAGCUGCCAUUGUCAUCUCGCUGCUGAGUCUUCUAGAAGGUCGAAGCGAUCAAGUGAUACAUUCCCAGCUCGUACAGGAACUUAAUUUCGAAGCACUGAAGAUGAAUUUAGUGGAGGUUUACGUGUACUUCCUUCGCAACCACGGGGUAUAUGCCGGCAACGUCAAGUGCAGCCAGGACUUUUACCUUACAAUGGGUUUCAACAUCUACAUCCUACUCCAACAGCUAGCUGAUCAGAAUGCACAUCAAGCAUGGUGGAUCCCUAUGUCCGAAGAGCUGCAAAGCAAUCAAGCUUGGCUACCAUUGCAGCCGACUCGAAGCAAGGUCCUCUCAAUGUGUACUGGUGACGGAGACAGCUCGCCGGAUUUCCGUGACGCAUUUCGCUUCUUCCAAGCAAAUUGCGCCAAGGUCGAAGUUGUAUGGGAUCACCACCGAUCCCCAGCGCAAUACAACGUUGACCGCGUCGUACCCAGAGGCGCCAUUCAAAGCGCGUCAAAAGCAGAUAGUGGCAGUGUGGUGAACGCUCCAUCUGCUGAUUCGGAUGAUAUUAGUCGGAGCUGCACGGGGGCACUCAUGCCCUUCUACUUUCCGAUCCACCCGAUCUGCUUUUGCCUCACGGCUAAGUCCAAGGAGAAGCUUGUGUGGGAUGUAUCCAGAGGAGGCGACAAGCUUUCCGACUUUUACACACGCUCGGAUAAACUGGUAGAUGAGAUGACUCAUCAGAGUCAUUUACAGCUCCAUUUACAGGUGGCAUGGGUGGCAAGGAAGUCCGAGGAGAUCAAACGCGCGUCGUUUGCUCUCGCAGUCAUCAUCAAUCUGGUCGUGCUGUUGUUUUACCGAGCUACUGGUGUUUAUUCAACACCUUUUCCAGCGAGCGAUGUCACGUUUGUCCACACCUGGGGGCAAGAAGUAGAGCCUCCAAAGCCGUCAUUGUGGAUCGAUGUUGCGCUCUCACUUGCCGGUUCAGUGCAGAUUAUCUUGUACAGCAUGGUAUUGAUAUGCUACAUGCUCAACUCGGCACCGUUGUUAAUCAAGAAGGGGUGGAAACGGCGACACCGCAAGGAGCAGACCAAGCAUGCUAAGCGCUCGGUGCAUAAUGCACACCACAGUGCAACCAAAGGGAAAGAGCGCGAGUCUUUUCAAGAUACAGAACAGCUACUGCGCUCUUUGCGAGAGCGAGAAGAAGAGUACAACUACCUGCUUCUCCCACCUUCCAUCCGAAAGCGAUCUGCUCCGAAAAAGCGGAAACCAGCCUCGCCUCGUGUCAAGGCAUCGGCGUCAGGGAUGGGAUCGUCAAAACCUGCUUGUGUGAGUGAUGCGAAGAGCGGAGGUGCAAGCGCUCGAGGCGACUUUCGUGUCCAACUGGAAAUUACCACUAUCUCGCUGUAUUUCCUUGUCCGCAGCCCUCGUGUGAUAUAUUCUCUUCUGCAGAUCUUCGUCUCGGUCUUGGGCGCGUACGUCAACAAACUUUACUUCGCGUUUCUAUUACUCGAUGUGGUGGAUCGCUACAAGGAGCUCAAUAACGUGCUGCGAUCCAUUUCGCGUCCAGCGAAGGCACUCGGUGUGACAACGCUGCUCUACUUGAUUGUGGUGUACGUGUUCGCUGUUGUGGGAUUCUUUUUCUUCCGGGAAGACUACACACUGGAGGAAGACAUUUCGGAUGCUCAGAUAGAAGGGCGCGCACCUUACACUUGCCAGCGACUCUUUCAGUGCUUUCUAGUGAGUCUCGACCAGGGAUUAAAAAGCGACGGAGGACUGGGUAGUUAUCUUCGACAAAUCCCCUUGGGAACCUCUGCGCAUUCCUACGGCCGCUUGGCGUUUGACGUGCUGUACAACAUCCUACUCGUCGUCUUGCUCCUCAAUCUGAUUUUCGGUGUCAUCAUUGACACUUUUGCCUCCUUGCGCACAAACGACCAGGAGAAGAUACUGGACAUGCAGGGCCGCUGUUUUAUCUGCUCGAUCGAUGCGUACACGUUCGACCGCGCCACUAAGCGAGGUUUCCACGACCACAUUUCGCGAGACCACAACAUGUGGCAUUAUCUGUACCUGUUCGUCCACAUUCGCAAGAAGAAUAUCACGGAAUACAAUGGGCUGGAGCUGUUCCUCGCUAUGCGCAUGGCCAAGAAGGACAUGUCGUUUUUCCCGACGCAUCGAGCUUUGUCACUCACGAAACGUGGAGACCUGGAAGAGAGCCACGACUUGGACUCCGCUACCGACGACGACCGCUUCUACGCUGCUAGUACAACCUACGGCCCUAAGCGUUAUCCUGUCACUCCAUUUUCUCCUUCGAGAGGACCUUCAUUUCUCUCUGGAGCACCGUCGUCAUCGCGUCGUGGGUCAGAUCGGUCACGAGCUCGAGCACGCAGUAAACGCAACAGUAGCGUUACGACUGCUUCACGUUCUGUUGCCUACUUCGACUCGGUUCCUGGAGUGCAAGCAUUUGAUCGAGCUACGGCUGGGAAUCUAGAGAGGAUCGAGGCAACAAUUAACGAGCUGGCAAACGCGCAGAUUGAGAUCAAAGAAGCUCAAAGGCGAGCAGAAAAUCGACACGCAGAAUUUCUGGCUGCCAUGCAGCCACACGCUCCUUUGAGUCAGUUCCCGACACCACAAACAAGCAUAUCCGGAGUCUCGAUUGGUGGUUCCCCACCCGCGUUAUCUCGUCGUCCUUCAAACAUCGUGGGCCAGCUCCGUCGCCACAGAAUCCCUCACGCACAGCGUCGCUGA